AUGGCAGUCUCACAGGAAAAGAUAAGCGUUUACUCGUUAGCUGACCUCAAGAAUACAACCGACGAUGCCCUCCCCGUCUACCUAAAUUCCCUGGGUUUCGUUCAAUCCCACACCCUCACCGACGUCCGUCUCGGUCUAGGCUACUCAGCCUUCGCUCUCUGCGCAGCAACCUUCUAUUGGGACUACACCUACGGCUUCGACUCCACGAAAUUCUACACCACCAUCGCCGUAGCCGUCUACACGAUCCUCAACACUGCGUUAACAUUCUGGAUCUGGGGCGUCGAGAAAAACACCGUCUACGUCGGCACGCACAAGACCAGCGGCACCAAAAUCCAAGUCCAGACUAAAACAGACAAAUUCAAAGCUGUGUAUCGCGUUACCGUGAUCACGACUACCAAGGAUGGCAAGUCGACGACUAAGAAGGUUGAUAAGGCGUUCAGUGGAUGGUUUGAUGCCGCGGGCCACUUUGUGACGAGACCGUUCCAGCAGAUGUUGGCGACCAAUGUGGAGCUUAUUGGACAGGCGGACCCGAAGAAUGUGGUUGUGGCGGCGAAGAAGGAGAAGGUCGAUGAGGUGGAGGAUAAUAGGAGUAUGGAUGAUAAGUGGGCUAGUCUUUUGGCGGAGAGCUCGAUUGAGGAUGCCGUUACGUCUGGUACGCCGGCGAAGAGCGCGAAGAAACGGGGAAAGAAGGCUUGA